AUGCCGUUGACAGCGGCAGCGGCCGCUGGGGACCCAAGGGUCCCCGGUUCGAGCUCGCAGGGCACCGGCCCGGCGGCAGGUGGGUGCGAAAUCCCAUAUUGCCUUUAUCCAUCUGCGCCGUCUCUCGUACUUGACGCAGGUGUUCUUUGUGCAGUUGCCGGGGAGGCUCCGGCAGCGCCCGGACCCGCAAAGGUGCGGGUAAUCGACCUCACCGGUGAGGUCGACGACGAUGCUCCGACGGAGAUUGCCUCCGUCCGAGCCCUUCAGCAAUCGGCCACGGUGCCUGCCGAGGCCGUGACUGCUGCCGCAGCUGACGCCAUGCAGGGGGCGCCAUCUGAGGCGGGUGACACGGACCAGCCCCCGCCAGCCGGAGCAGGCGGCAGCGCUCUGGAGAAGCCCCCGAGCCCCCAGUCCGCCCCUCCGGACGGGCAGGGAGCAGCAGGGCUUGGCCAGGCCGGGGGCACGCCAUCAGAUCCCUACGUGCCCUCGGGGUCACAAACGGUCGCGGCGGGGUCCUCCUCCUCCGCCGAAGCCGCCUUCAGCCCGGGAGCAGGGGAACUCGCCGGGCGGACUUGGUUUCGGAUUACCUUCGACCCCAGCGUGUUCCAAUAG